CGUGCUGACGUCAGACGUGUGAACAACAAACGGUUGUUGGACUUUCACAAGCUAGCUUUCCCUACGAAUGGUCGCGCUGGGCAAAAACACCUUCACCGACUUAUUGGCUUGUCCUUUACCUUGUUUGCAUGUGGCUUUCACCCUUCAUCUCAUGCGUAUAAUAAUACGGACUGUGAGCAGGUGGAUCUUCGGAGCCGAGAACGUUUAGCCACGGAAACAUGCUGAGUACUCGGUGUGUGUGACGCCUGUUUCUUUUCCAGCCGCCGCCGCUCCAAAGGGGCUGCGAUGUGAGUUAACCGCAGGACAACCGACAGAGAAGGGGAAACAACAUCACCUUUAUCUAGGAUAAUGGACUUUGUCGGGGUGAUAUGUGAGGCGGCAGCUCCUGUCUACCCAGGUCGUGUGGUACACUUCAAGACCUAGCUUAACUGGACAUGAAAACAUGAAUAUCGAAGAGCAGCGUCUAGAUCUGUGCAAUGUCAAGACAAAAAAUAGCGACGAUCAUAACACUAGCAUCAACACGGACGAGGUCAUCCCCUGCAUUUCUGAGCUGAUAGCAGACACUAAUAUUCCUGGGGAGACAAUGCCUCAGCUCACCUACAACAUUCAGGUGGCCGAGGGGGAUAACCACCAGGUGAAGGACACACUGGAGAUUGAUGAGGUUAAUGGGAACAGACAAAGCGGCGGCCAAGACAACCCCAGUGAUGGGGAUCACAAGGACAGUGCUGCUGUGGAUAAAAUGAAGGACCCUAAGGACGCUGAACCCGUAAAGUAUAACGACCCAGCAGAAGGCGAUGACGACGACAGCGGGGAGAUGGACAUGGGUGUGGAUCUGAGCCUUGACGAGAGUGGCGUCUUGGAGGACGCUGAGUCCACGGCACACGUCACCUCUCUCUCAGAUGAUAUUUUACAUCCCUCCGGCCAUGUUGUCCCGGCUGGCAGCGUGGCAGAAACAGGCCAGUCCAAGCAAACAGGCUGCGUUGAAGCGUCUGCUGCCGAGGACCAGACUGUGCUGUACCCCGCAGUGGAGGAAGGGGACGAUAAACACAAACUAAGUGGCAAGAGGGUGACGUUUCCUUCCGACGAGGACAUAGUUUCUGGAGCAGUGGAGCCAAAGGACCCCUGGAGGCAUGCUCAGAAUGUGACGGUGGAUGACAUCCUGUCCUCUUACAAGCAGGCCUGUCAGAAGCUCAACUGCAAACCUAUUCCCAAAGUGCUCAAACAGAUUCAGGAACUUAAAGACCUCACACAGCGAAAUGAAUGCUUGGAUCUGAAAGGUGAAAAGUUGGACUACAAGGCUUGCGAGUCUCUGGAAGAAGUUUUGAAGAGAGUCCAAUUUAAAGUGAUCGACCUCGAGCAGACCAACCUGGAUGAAGAUGGUGCAUCGGCUCUGUUUGACAUGAUCGAGUAUUACGAGUCCGCCACGCAUCUCAACAUCUCGUUCAACAAACACAUCGGCACGAGAGGAUGGCAGGCCGCCGCUCACAUGAUGAGAAAGACGAGCUCUCUGCAGUAUCUGGAUGCGAGAAACACUCCCCUGCUGGACCAUUCGGCUCCCUUUGUGGCUCGAGCGCUCAGGAUCAGCGGCAGCCUGGCUGUCCUCCACCUGGAGAACGCCGGCCUGUCCGGGCGACCGCUCAUGUUGCUGGCAACGGCCUUGAAGAUGAACAUGAAUCUGCGGGAGUUGUAUCUGGCGGACAACAAGCUCAACGGCCUGCAGGACUCAGCCCAGCUUGGCAACCUGCUCAAGUUCAACUACAACAUUCAAAUUCUAGACCUGCGCAACAACCACAUCCUGGACUCAGGUUUGGCUUACGUGUGUGAAGGGCUAAAAGAGCAGAGGAAAGGCCUCGUCACUUUGGUGCUAUGGAACAACCAACUCACACACAAUGGCAUGGGCUAUCUUGCUGCUGCACUCCCUUGCACCCAGAGUCUGGAGACGCUGAACCUGGGCCAUAACUCAGUGGGUAACGAGGGCGUCCACAAGCUGAAAGACGGAUUGAUUGCCAACCGCUCUGUACUGAGACUGGGCCUCGCAUCAACCAAGCUGUCCUGUGAAGGUGCAGUGGCUGUCGCUGAAUUUAUAGCGGAGAGCCCGAGGCUGCUGCGCCUGGACCUCAGAGAAAAUGAGAUCAAGACUGGUGGACUGAUGGCGUUGUCGCUCGCCCUUAAAGUCAAUACCUCUCUACUGCGUCUUGACCUAGACCGAGAGCCCAAGAAGGAAACAGUGAAGAGCUUCAUCGAGACCCAGCGUGCGCUGCUUGCUGAGAUCCAGAAUGGCUGCAAGAGGAACUUCAUCCUGGCUAAAGAGAAGGAGGAAACAGAGCAGAAGAUGCAGCAGUCGGCAUCCAUGGCGGAAAUUGCCACUGAGGAUGGAACAAGAGAAGAGGAGGAGGACAGCGAAGGAGCAGCAGGGGCACAAGAGGACAAAGAGGGCGACACAACGACAGGAAGUGAAGAACAGCCCAUCGGCCUGUCGACGGCGGGCUCUGAGACGCAGGUUUCUCAGAUGAACCUGGACUCUGACUCAGACACGGAGGAUGAGGAGGAUGCUCGGGUCAUCACCAAGUCCUCCUCUGCAUCAAAUCAGAUCGCCCCUCAAGUCCGAGCGGUGGCUGAGACCACAGCGAGGUCCUCACACGCGCCCCCGCCCGCCUCUGCCGGAGUAAACAUCAUUUCUGGGAUCACCAUCACGGACACCCCAGUUCCUCCGGGCACUCCUCCUUCUCCCGGUCGCUGCAUAUCCAUCUCAAGUCCCGGGCGCGGUCACAAGAUCUUCAUGGUAACUCGGGUGGAGAGCCCGCCUGAGACUAUGCAAACAAGCACAGCCGCUGCAGAGGCGCCGCCCGCAUCGCAAACGCAGCAGGAGGACGUGAAGCAGAGCCCUCAAGUCCACAGUACGACAUCGAACCACACACUGGAGCCGCAAACCACGCAGAAUGUCAUUGCCAGCACUUUAGAGCCACAACUGACACCAGCCUCGCCUUCAAAAGCUUCAUCUGCACAGCAUGCGGCCGUUCAGCCGCCCGAGGAAGCGUCACAGAGCACUACGAGCCCCCCACCCAAGCCCCACUGUGAGGAACCUGCUGAGGAGAAGCGAGAUGAUGAUCAGAAAGAAGUUCCUUUAAUGGAGGAGAAAGACACAAGCGGAGACACCAAAGACAAAAUACACCAAUGUGCAUCGCAGGACUCGGACUCGCGGAACAAUACUCAAGAAGAAAACACCACACUUAACACGUCGACUGUUUCAGAGCAGGACAGCAAGAGUCCACAAUCAGACAAGGAACAUGGACAGGAAGUAGCACAGCCCACAGCAGCCGUCGGCACCAAGGACUCCGCAGACGAGGGUGAGUCUUUGGCUGACGUUCUGACUGAUACAGAGAGCAAAGUCGCCAGUUCACUUCUGCCCAACGGCCUGAAACCAGAGUUCUCCCUUCACCUUCUCAACACGGAGAGCCCCAAGCCUGGCAGCUGCGUGAUGGAACACGUAAGCGUCAGCUGCACACAAGACCUGGAAGAGCUGCUGCUGGAAGCCAGUUUGGAGACUGGGAGAGAUGCAUCAUGAAUGAGGUCGUCUGAGGACAGGAGAAGUCAACUCUCACGGUUAAUUUUGCCGUAUUUCUCCGACUUUACCCACCGACGACGGACAGAAGAGUCCGAGCGAUUUCCGUGAGACCCCGAAGGACAAACUCAACGCGACGUCACUACAUCAACCACACUGCGACACACCGGACAACACCGCCUGUGUGUCUGUGCGUGAGGGGAACAAGUUACCAUGCUGUCAUCACUACACGUUCAGUCCAUCACAACCGCAAGGAGGGAGAUGGGGAGCAAAGAAAAACACUAACCAAAGACCAAACAUGAGGGGGGGGGGGAUGAGAGACACACACACACACAAAUAACAACAAUAGCGGACCCAGCCGAGCCCACCUGCCGGCUUGGACAUCGUGAUCAUGUUUUGUCGUCCUGCUCCCCUCGGUACAUAAAAACAGCUACUUUUUUGAAGGGACCUCUGCCAAAGUGGAACCCCCCCCACCAAACCCCCAACCCUCCACCUCUGUCUCGUCCGCUCACUUUGGCCCCUCAGGAAUCAGCAUAACCCAAACCUCCAACCGCCAGCUUUAUACGCCCUUGUUGUCUCUUCUGGCUGUGUGGAACAACACCUUCAUAUCAAUACAAAUUAUUCUUUUUUUUUUCUUUACAUUUGGCACAUUUGACAAAUUGUAUUUUCUAUUUAUUUAACGGAUUUGCAAGCUUUUUGAUUGAUCCCCCCCCCCAGCUCCGUUUUAUCUUUUCAUUUAUUUGAUGUAUAUUUCAAUAAUAAUUUAGGGUUUUUUUUGGUUGUUGUUUUUGGGUGGGGAACUUUGGAACGAUUGGCUUCAGUUGCUGCGAUUGGGGGGGUGCGCAGUGCACUGCAAAUUGUGUUGCUUCACUGCACUGCUACUCCGCCGAGUGGCCACCAGAGGGCGACAGCAGACCGCAGCGCCCCACUGAGUUUAAAACCCUAUCAGUCCAAUAACCGUAAGUUUGAAUACUGCAAUUCCAUCCAGCAGACCCUUCUACCAGUGCUGUGCUGCCCCUUCACCCAAACACCCCCAUACCCCCCCCCCGCCCCCUUACUGUAAAUGCUUUAAUUUUUAGACAUUUUUAAUAAAUUGUUAACUUAAUUGAAAUGUGCUGGUAAUCACAAAGAUAUGUAUGGCGAAAUUUGUUCCAUUCCCAAUAAAUGCAUGUAAUGACACAAUGAUGUUCUUUUUCUUUAAAAAAAUUUUUAGCACUAUAAUUGUGAAGUCAUGCAUCAGGGGUGUCCAAAGUACGGCUCGGAGGCCAUUUUAACCCUUUCACGCAUGACGGUCACUGCAGUGGACAGCUAUUAAAACGUCAUUUUCAAUUAUGAAAAUAGGUUUUUAUGGCAUUGUUGCUUAUACGCCUCUAGAGUGGACGCCUGAGAAUCCACCCAACACUGCUUUGUGUGGUCAACCAUUGUAACUGCAGAAUAAUUGUGUCAACAUUGAAGAUGGCUGCCAGGAAUUAAAACAUGCCUAACACCUGUGGGAUUUCUGCUCAAUCCUUCUAGAGUAGGAGACUCCUGCAGGUAACUGACUGCAUGCAAUUACAUGCAAUUCCUGAA